AUGUCUUCCGGAACUCGCAAAGAUAACAUUCUCCCGCUGGAAUCAUUUGCCCUAACAGCCGUCCCGGCAAGCACACAUAACGUCGUGUGGUCUCCCGAUGCCGAGCUGGCUGUUGGGUGCGAUGACUGCGUAUAUAUAUUUAUCCCGGAUUUCACCAUCCCCAAAUCUCAAAAUGGCAGAGAUCCGGGCAUAGUCCGUCAGUAUAACGACGUCGCUCUUCGUUUCCCUAGCGUCGAGCACCGAAGCCCGGAACUGAAUCGCCCACUAUUCGACUACGUCGGACAGGAGUUUCCUGAGUUCGAGUUCGUUCCGGGCGGUGGUGGUUCGGGCCCUGUCACUAGCCAGGGCAGUUCUAUGAACCAUCUCAUCUCGUUGGAGUGGUCCCCAUGCGGUCUAGGUCGGAUGAAUCGGUCUGUCCUCGCCGUACUCACCGGCGCCGGCACCAUCACCGUCUAUUGCGAAGGCGCGUCAGAUAGGAAGAAUGCCUUCAAACCCCGCGGUCGUAACGCAAGAACCUUGCUACCUUGGGUUGCUGCCUGGGGCGUUGGUGCAGGUCUGCUGUUACCCGUCGUCGAAGGACACGAAGUGGAGUACGUCAAAGAGUAUGUCACGGCAUUUGCUUGGGCAAGGGAUACGGACGGUUACGGCGCACUACUGGCAUAUGCCAAUGACGAGGAUGACAUCGUCAUAGUAUCUGUGCAAGCUAAACACGAUCCUAAUGCUGAUGCGGGUGAUUGCGGUCAGUGGAGGGUUGAGGAAGUCGCAAGAUUCACAGGCAUGGGACCGCAUCCAAAAGCACAUCAAAACGACCCGGACUCCUUUCCUUCCGGCUCAUCUUUCUCGCUCAGCUGGGGCCCAUGGCUUAAAAAAGGCGCUUCCAAGAGUAGUAUGAUCUCUUAUGUAGCCAGAGGCUAUGUCGGGUUUAGACAAGUCACUAUAGACUCGCCGCAGCACAAGAUGGCAAGCCCGAAAGUAAGAGUUGAUCAGGUCGAUACUGACGGGGUUUGCCUUUACUUAGCCCAAGAUGCUUUCGUAGUCUGGGAGGAUCUUAUAUGGACUAUCGGUCAGUCGAAGGUGUGUCGUGGUAUUAUUGCCACUCCCAUGCUGGCGAAGGCAUUCCAAGUAUCAUUCGACGACUCCCAAUCGGGGAAAAUUGUAAGGCAUACCGCAUAUGAGUGCGGUAGCGCGUAUCCUGAUAUAGAAGAUGAUACCCCUCCACAUAAUCCCAUCACCGGACUUGUUAUCCAUCCACCUUCACUCUCUCAGACCACCAGAACGCCAUCUUACUCUCUUGUCCGACUCUCGGCAACUCAUGAGAACGAUGCUUGGUAUCAAACAAAUCUUCCCCUGCCUCCUAACCCUGAGGACGAAACUGCUGGGCCGCGAUGGGCGACCGAGAUUAAUCAGAUCGUCGAGCAUCAACUUCCGCGGGCGAUGGCAUAUAGGGCUGUCGUGGAUGGAGGCAGUGUCGGAUCAGAGGACGUCUCGGACGAGGAUGAGGAGAUGGAAACUGAAUCGUUUGAGGGAUCGAAUUACGACCCCGACGAAGGAUUUGCCGGUAUAGAUACCGAGGACCAAGUCCACAUUAACAGGGUGCGCAUCUGGGGAAUGGCCUCUAGUCCGGGCGGAGGGGUCACCGCCGUUUUUAUCAGCCAGCAUAAUACAGUCUUCUACGGACGCGAUACGUUUGCGGGGAUAAAAUGCCGUGUGCUCUUCGGCCGACACGACAGCAGCGCGGAAAAGAGCGAAGAAGCUCUCACAACCCUAGCCAUGAAGAAACUCAGCACCGAGGCUAAGACGUGGGAGUGGAUGUACGGUGGCGGGCCCCCCGUACCGGGAGUAGGCUCCUCCACGAUCCAGAGCAGCGAAAGCCGUAGCGCGCUGAAGGACCAUUUCGAACUUGUCGUCCGCCAGCAGGUAUGCUCUUUCUGCAAAUCGCCCCUGAGGUCAGAUGGGAAAAUGUGCUGGUGUGGUAAAGGACACCCUUUCGCUACAUGCGCGACUACCGGUCUCCCUAUCUUGGCUCCUGGACUAUCGAGAACCUGCAACGUGUGCGGCUCUAAGUGUUUGAAUAGAGAGAACCUCAUUGUUAUGGCGCCUCAGCUUAAGGACAUCAUCAUGGACGAAAUCUCUGACGAAUUCUGCGGCAAUUGCGGCGGGAAGUUUGUGAAUUAA